UCGCCUCCGUGCGCGCGCGGCCACGUGUACGGCGGCGGGGCCGGGCCGGGCCGGCGGCACCGGGAUGAGCGUGGGCUUCAUCGGCGCGGGGCAGCUCGCCUUCGCCCUGGCCCGCGGUUUCACCGCGGCAGGGGUGCUGGCUGCGCACAAGAUCACGGCGAGCUCCCCGGACACUGACCUGCCCACCGUGAGCGGGCUGCGGAAAAUGGGAGUGAACUUCACGGUGAGCAACAAGGACACGGUGAAGAGCAGCGAUGUUCUCUUCCUGGCCGUAAAGCCACCCAUCAUCCCCUUCAUCCUGGAGGAGGUGGGCCCUGACAUCGAGCCCCGGCACAUCGUGGUGUCCUGCGCGGCCGGAGUCACUAUCAGCUCCAUCGAGAAGAAACUCUCUACCUUCUGCCCCACACCAAAAGUGAUCAGGUGCAUGACCAACACCCCUGUGAUAGUCCGGGAAGGUGCUACAGUCUAUGCCACUGGCACUCAUGCGGAUGUGGAAGAUGGGAAGCUUUUGGAGCAGCUGAUGGCCAGCGUGGGCUUCUGCACCGAGGUGGAAGAGGACCUCAUCGAUGCUGUAACGGGGCUCAGUGGCAGUGGCCCUGCGUAUGCAUUCACUGCCCUGGAUGCUCUUGCAGAUGGAGGAGUGAAGAUGGGCCUUCCCCGCAGGCUGGCGGUUCGGCUGGGAGCACAGGCUCUGCUGGGUGCUGCCAAGAUGCUGUUAGAAUCUGAGCAGCAUCCGGGUCAGCUGAAGGACAACGUCUGCUCACCCGGGGGAGCCACCAUCCACGCCCUGCACUUCCUGGAGAGUGGUGGCUUUCGCUCUCUCCUCAUCAACGCUGUGGAGGCUUCCUGCAUCCGGACAAGGGAGCUGCAGCAUUUGGCAGACCAAGAGAAGAUUUCCCCGGCAGCCAUAAAGAAAACAUUGCUGGACAAGGUGAAGCUGGAGUCUCCUUCUCUGUCUGUGGCAUCUGCUAGCAAAGUCAGUCUGUUCACCAGCAAGAGCAAGAAGAACUGAGCAGACUGCUGCGUUCUGGCAGUGCUGAAUGUCAGUGUCCUGGCUGCAGCCAGGACAGGGUUAAUCUUUGCAGUAGCCAGGAAUGGCAUGGCCAGGACCCUGGUUAUUCUAUACACGUGGGCAAAGGGGAGGGGAGGGUUUGCAGCAGGGGAGAGGGGCUGAAGAGGGGUGGAGAGAAGGGGUCCCUGUACCUGGGUGCAUCAAGUGAGCAGUGGGAGCAGCAUCAUGUUACGCGUGGUGAGCAAUCAUGUGGGAAUCCUUCACCUCUCUUCUACACUCUUCUUAAUAUUGUCGCUGUUAUUAUUUGUUUUCUUAUCUCAUUACUGCUUCCAGUAAAUUGUUCUUGUAGCAAAC